AUGCCCUCUAAUAAAGAUCGUUUAUAUAUUGCUCUAUAUGCCCGUGCGGGGGCUGCGACCAUGCCUGGAGGAGAAGACGAAUAUCAUUGGGGCCUGCUAGUCGGACCCAAGAACGAAGUUGAAGGUGGUCGGGGCAAGCGAUAUCAUGCAAAGGAGCGAAUGACUACGGCUGGUCGAUCAGAGUGGGUUUUCGAAGAGAGAGAGGUAACUCUUCUGGCAACAAGCAUGCUGCUCGUUCGUAUUAUGAUCGGAAAGGUGAAGAAAAUGGAUCGGCUCGAGAGCGCCCUUCGUAAAGUGCCGAUCAGGCAAGGCCAGAUGGGAUGGAACUGUGUAGGCUGGGUGAAGGAGGCACUGGAGGCUCUCAAUGCCGAUGGCAAAGCUCUUGGGACCAGCGUGACUGAGUGGCAGGCAGUGCGGGACGGAGCAAUGCAGUAUGUCCAGAGAAAGAAGGGUGAGCAUCGUUUUGAUGGCAGAGGCAACUUCAAUAUGAGGUAUGCAGCGACAUAUGACUUGCUGGAUGGUAAAGAGACGGUGCCCUGA